CUGGGCGCUUCGGCUCUGGGUGGUGCUCGCCCUGAUCGCCGGGUCUGGCCUGCAUCGUCCUGCCCAGCCGCCCCUCGAGCCCAGACGCCGACAACCGGCCUCAUCCUGCCCCUCCGCCGUCCACUGCCGCCAUGGAACCCGAGUCCAUCACCACCGAGGUCCUCGAGUCUCGGCCGAUCCCAAAGCCCGUCGACACACACGCCGAGGAGCUCGCAUUCCACAUCUUCCAAGAGCUCCUGGAUGACUCUAUUCGUGGGGUCAUCUUUCAAUGCCAUCGUGAACACAAGUUGGCCAACGUCGAUUGCCAAAUAUGCAAAACGAGAUGUCGCUGCUAUGUCUCACAGCCCGGUCUCGAUAUCUAUGGCAAUGCCUCGAAUCAAGUUGCCACCGAAAAAUGCGAGUGUCCCUCGUGCUUCACCUCGUUCCCCCCUGCUCGGUUCGCUCCGCAUCUGGAAAAGUGUCUGGGCCUGGGCCGUGGAUCGACUCGCAACAGCCGGAGGGCUGCACCUCCCAACUCGGGCUCGGCUCCUCCAUCAUCACCAUCCAAUACGCACGAGAACUCAGAUUCGGAACGGGAAGAAAAGAAACGGAAGCGAAAGACUUCCCCAACAAAGAAGCAGCUCAGCGUCAAGCCCGUCAAGAGGUUCAAGUCAUUGUCGACAACUGAUGAAUAUGAAGAAGAAAGCGGCACGAUACCCAUGAACCUCUCGCAGACACCCUCAGGACCCAAGCAGAUCAAAGUCAAGCUCCCCAAGCUGAGUUCGAGUGACUCGUCCUCUGGCAGCGGCGCAAGGGACGCUGAUGGGAAACUGGGCCUCAUGGGUCACAAAUUCGGAGCGGAGCGCCCCGAUCGAGAUUCAGGAGGAAAACACCUUCCCCGGCAGCACGACGUGCUGAGACGGAAGCUGGGAACAUCUGAGCAGGGCGAUUUUAUCGACGUCGAUGGGACAGAGAGCAUAUAGCCGAAUGGAGCCUGUAGCAACCUCAACUUCAACCUCAACCUCACCGAUGGCGCUGCUAUGGAUGCUGAACAGCC